AUGGUUACGAUCGACAAUCCAGUUCUGUUGCCCGGCUCUCGGGUUCUUGUUACUGGGGUUAGUGGCUUCAUCGGAAGCCAUAUCGCUGAUCAGCUGCUCGCUGAAGGGUAUCUUGUGACGGGAACGGCUCGAGACAUCUCCAAAAUCUCCUGGCUUCAACUUCUUUUUGACCGCAACUAUGGGGCAGGAAAGUUCGAAGUUGUUCAAGUCCCUGACCUCAGUAAGCCCGGGGCUUUUGACGGCCUCCUCAAUGACCCUAACACGGUGAUCACCCCCAUGGUGGCGGGGACUCUUGGCCUGCUGAAUGCGGCGGCGGGAGAACCCUCCGUGAAACGCUUUGUUCUCACGUCGUCAUGCGCAGCGGCUGCCACCGCGAAGCCGGGAGUUGCCCAAACUAUUGACACAAACACGUGGAACGAUGAAGCAAGCCUUGAAGCGUGGGGCCCUCCACCAUAUGGACCGGAGCGCAGCUUUGCAGUGUACGCGACCAGCAAGAUGCAGAUGGAAAAGGAGGCAUGGAAGUGGCACGCCAACCGCAAACCGCACUUUGUGUUGAACACAAGCCGGUCCCUGACCCAGAUGCCAGACUUCUUCGUCGAUGUUGAAGAUAACGCUCGCCUCCACGUGGCGGCCCUCAUUCACCCGGGUGUUGUGGGUGAGCGCAUCUUUGCCUACGCCCAACCGUACACUUGGCGUGGUGUCCAGCGGGCCAUCCACAGGUUGUACCCCAACAGAGCUUUCUCUGGAGACAUUGAGGACGCCGAGCUCGACGCAAGCCACAUCGUCCCUGCCCCACGAGCUGAGGCCUUACUGAAGGAUAUGGGGCGCCCGGGCUGGACGGACCUCAAGGAAAGCGUGAAGAUGAAUGUCGACGAUCUUGCUUGA